UGUAGAUCGCAACGCUUGCUGUUAAUAUUUUUGUAGGCACUGUCAAUUAAGAUUAUAAUGGCUGUAGCAAGAAUUUACAACGUUGUUUUAAGUGUUUUACUGCCUAUAAUGUUUUCUAACACAUGCGAAGCAAUAAAAUGUUUCGAGUGCAACAGCCACAACAACUCGGCGUGCCUCGAGAUGCACGUGCCGAAGAUGCAUGCUAUCAUACCCGUGGUCGAGUGCAAGGACAGGCUCGAUAACACUAUCGACAAGAAGGAGUUCUUCUGUAGGAAGAUUACUCAGACUAUCUUACAUCCAGACCAUACUCCCGAGGUCCGCAUCACCCGAGGCUGCGGCUGGGUGAAGAGCAAGCGAGCCUGCUACAAAGCUGACAACAUGGACCACUUGGAAACCGUCUGUCAAUGCUUCGGAGACCUCUGCAAUGCGGCAACCACGCUUGAACACGUCAAACUGACAGUUCUAACAACCGUUGCCACUCUUCUCGCUGCGUUCAAAACAUGGCGAGGGACUGUUUGAAUUUAGAACACGUCAAACUGACAGUUCUAUCAACUGUUGCCAUUCUUUUAGCUGCGUUCAAAACAUGGCGGGAUAGUGUUUGAAUAUAGAACUUGGUGUUUAUGUUAAACGAUACUUAAGAUUAAUUGUGUAAUGGAUUUUAGUAUUAAUUGGGCUGGAUUUUGGGCCAAAAGACUGGACUAAACUUGGU